CAAUCAGAAGCGCUCUCACGCAAAGAGCUUUAUUUGAGUUUACCUGCACGGCCAGCGUGAUACCAGGAAGAGGUAACGUGAAUAAUAUUAUGCGUUAAAUAAAUCGACAUUGUAAAUAUAAGGUCACGUGGAUAAGUUUGGUGCAGUGAAGUGUUGUUGGCUCAUCUGUCAGCAGAAAUCCAGCGUGGAAGCCCACAGGAAUACUGUCAAUGUCUCUGCUGGAGGACAUCGUUGACCUGCUGAGAUGUGUCCUGGAAUACUUUGGAGUGCCACCUGACAUGUUGGUUCCAGUAUGGGACAGUACAUACUGUGGACAGUACCGGAGCAUAGUCCGAAUGAUUGGGACAAACCUUCCCCUCUCGCCUCAGCCCCGACUGCGGUUUCAGAUUCCUCUGCAGACAUUCAAUAGACAUGGCCAUAUUGAUGUGACUGUGGACACUCCGGCCAUUCCUACAUUCGCGGAUGUGGUGUGGCUGGUGGAGGAUGAAGGGGACUGCCACACUAAAUUGAGGAAUGUCGUCCCGUUGAGAAAAGCUUUUGAGAUUCCCUCACUGGGGCAUGAACGCUCAGUAUCCGUGUCUGUCCCGGCUCAGAGGGUGCUGGGACAGGGCACCCAGCCAGAGGCCCUGCAAAAGAUCUCAGCUCUGGAAGAGGAACUCCAGAGACUACGAGCACAGAUCGCUUUGAUAGUCACAGCUCCAGCAGGCCCUUCCAUUCUUCCAGCUGGUCCUGGCACUCCAUGCUCGACUCCUCUACCAGUUCCUGUCCUCACUUCCACUCCUAUCUGUCCUCCGCCUCCACCUCCACCACCACUUCCUCCUCCUGCUAUGGGCAGCUGCGUAGAGGUGUCCGUGUCAGAUGUGAUUCGACAAAGACAGGCAGCAAAAAAAGAAAAGCUUGCACAUUGUGGUCCAUCUGCUGGUACAGCGGCUGCUGCCCUGCCCUCCAUGUUAGAGGUGCUGAAAGACAUGAAUCAAGUCAAACUGCGUUCUGUGGAAAGGUCUCCAGGUGGAACGCCAGUAAAGAGACGGAGAAGUAAAGGUGUAGCAUAUUCAUCUGAUCCGGCAGCUCUUAUCGCCGAAGCGCUGAAAAGGAAGUUUGCACAUAAACAGAGGAACGAUUCGUUUGGUAAAGAAAACAACUCGGCUGAACCCUCACCUUUCAGCAGUCCAGACACUCCAAGAAUACUUCCCUACACCAGACGCAGCCAGGGACGCAUUCACCUUUGACCCUCAAGCUUAACAUCUUCCAGGAACAAAGUUGUGUCUGACUGGAUGGACAGAUUUCUUAAUGUUGGUUGCACUGUCUCUCUUUCCCUGUCCCCUUUCUCUGAAUUGAUCACAUGGACCUCUAUCUGAAUACACUGUGCAUGUUUUUGAGAUUUUUAUGCAGACACUUUUUUUUAUGCUUUUUUUUUUAAAGCUAACAAAAGAUCUCUGAAUGAAAUACUAUCAAGCUUUAAGUUUCAAAAAAUGGUACUUGGUUACCUAAAUUGUUCGUUCAUGUUUCUCAUGUAUUUUUAUUGUUUCCUACAAAGUGCUAAUGCAGUAUCACACUCAAAAGCAAUAAACAAGUGAUAAGCCU